GCGCAUCGAAAUCAAAUUGAAUUAUAAUAAUUAUUUUUAAUUAUUGAAUUUGUGUGUUUCAAAAUACAAUCAGCCUGUCAUUGCAUUUCUAAUUCGACCAUUUGAACGGGAAAACGAGUUUGACUGCAGUUUAAGUCAUGGGAACCAAUCAAAGUAAUGAGCCAAAAGUUGUUAAGUGCGACACCAUUUCAAAGUUUGUCAACUCAUUGAAACUGAUUGUCGAUGCAGACGACCAACGUAUUGUGUUGAAACAAAUGAACUUUUCUAAGCCGAUCAAGAAUCUUCCCAUUGUACGAGGCAUACAAGCGGUCACUUUUAUUGAUUCAUUCAUCAAGAAUGACAGUAUUUUGCGGUUCAAUGACUGGUGCCCGAACGUCACCGAACUGGCUUUCUUUCGUGUGAAGUUUUCGGAAAGUGUUUACGAAGAAUUCGCUGAUUCUUUGGGAAGCGAGGAUCAAUUUCCAGCAGUCAAAACGUUUACUUUUGACUAUAAAAAUUACAUGGAAGGGCUGGACGACUUUCUUGAGGCAAUGGAUAAAAAGUUCCCAGCACUUGAAAGCCUGACAUUAUUCGUGGAUGUAGCUGAUGAUCUUGACAGCUUCGAGCCAAUGUGGGACACUGAAUUUUCUCAUCUUCCGGAGUUCUUCGAAAAUUUGAAAACAUUGUCACUGACUUGUUUUUUCGAUGAGGGUGAUCGAAUCUUUGAUUUCAUUGGCAUUCACAAUGAGAAACUGGAGGAGCUGUCAUUCACUUCGAUGUUGUUCACCAAAGAUAAUCAAAAUUGGACCAAAAAUUGCCCACAGUUGCGCAAAUUGGCGCUCAAAUGCUGUUACAUUACGAACGGAAAAGAACUCAAACAUUUGAAAGGAAUGGACAAGUUGGAAGAGCUACAUUUGUCGAUGCGAAAGAUCGAAUGGGAUCCAAAGAAUAUGAUUGAGUUCAUUCGGAAUAUUGGACAAGGACUAAAGGUGCUUUCCAUCGAUUGCGAACGCAACAAUAAACAGUUCAAGUUCGAUGACGAAUUCAAAAAUUUAUUCAAUGUGUUGGCCGAAGAACGUGCCGAUAUGGUGAUUAAGGUACAGUUUGGAAGUGAUGAGCCCAAGCGAUGCUUGGAAAUUUCGAGAGGAUGUUGCAGUGAAACGUCGCCAGGUGAUUUGGACGAUGAUUCGGACGAUGAUUCAGAGGACGAUGACGAAUCCUAUUAUAUUGCAGAAGAUUCGUCAUUGUGGGCAGAUUCUGAUGACGAUGAUGACGACGAGGAUGAGUCAUCAACUGAGGAAGAGGAAGAAUAAACGUGGUCAUGUACAUGGAGACCAAAGGUAACGACGACGAGUAAAAAACUGACUGGUUGAUCCACAGCAUGUGACGAAUAAAAGCAAUCAAAACCACAAUUCAUUUUAAGAAAAAUUGAAAAUCUAAAAAAAAAACAAAUUUCCGUAGAUUAGAAUUCAAUACUAAAAAGUUUUCGAAAACUUUACCAAUUAUAAUUUAAAAGAAGAAA